UGGAAUGGUGGGACAAUGGGACAAGGGGAUGGAGUCCACAAACCCUUGGGCCAGCAGUGGCCAGGAGGGUGUCCUGGUCAUCUCACCACCACCGGGUCUCUGCCUGACCUUGUUGGCCUGGGUUAGGGUAGUCACCUUUCCUGCUUUCCUGGAUACUCCUGCCCAGAAAGAAUGAUGAAUUGACUUUGCCUGUUGCUGAAGAGCCUCAUCUCCUUAAUGCAUUGCAGAUAUGUCUAAUGGACACAAGCUGCCAGGGUCUGGCAGUAACCAGUCCCCACCAAAAACAUUUUCCCCUGGGACUGUUCCAUCAGAUUCCAGCUCUGCUCUCACAGAGGAAAAUGUGAGAAAGGUGGAAAAGGAGUACACAACUUCUAAGGAAGCCUUUGAUAAGAGAAUACAAGAUAAUAACAAGCAGAGUAAUACUGCUCUCUCCUGCAAUGAGGAAACUGGAGAAGCCAGCACAGACUUUAUCCGGGAUGAAGAACCUGAAGGAACCCCCUCAUCCUUUCCAGCAAAACAGAAGGAAAGCAGCAAAGAAGACUGCCAGAACAGCUAUGCAGUUAUUUCAAGGAAAGAUAAGCCUUUAACAGAUGCAGUGAUGCUCUCCGGGGACACAGAGAUUUUGACUGAGGCAGAAGUGAAUGAGAGGCCAGCUGAAAGCAAGGAAGAGGCAGGAACAGAGGAGGGAGAGGAAAAGGCAGGAACAGAGGAGGGAGAGGAAAACAGCCCAGCAGAGCAUCAUGAGCAAGCUGUGUGUGAGCCUGCUGAGCCUGAUUACAGAAGUCCAAGGCUGGAGUCAGAGGAGGGAUCGUCGUCCAACCCAGAAAAGCAGGAGGAUAAUGGGAUGGCAGCUGCCCAGUGCACAGCCCAGGAAACGACUGUAGCUGAAGAGCCUGCAAGGUGUAUCUUCUGUGGUGCUCCUGAACAACCAAUCCCAACAGUAGCAGAUCUGAAGGGAAAACAACAGGAAAAUCUCUUUUGCUGCUGGAGCUAUAAGAAGGCAUUCAGAACUGCCAUCCAAGACCUGAUGAGUGAAAAUGAAGCAAAGGGCAAGAUGGCUUCUGCUUCCCAUGCUGAUGAUUUACAAGAUGAAUUGCAAAGUAGAAUCAAGGAGAAGGUGUUGCAACUGUUAGGUGGGAGAGGCUGUAAGAACUACAAGAAAACCCUUCAGCAGUACUUGAAAACUGUUUCCCUGAAUACAGUCUUUUUCAGACUCUCAAAACCCAACAGCUACACCAUCAGACCAAAGGGUGACCCUUUCAUGAAGCACCAACCAACACUGGCAGCUCUAGAAGACCUACUUGAGAUGGACACGGAGUUUGUUGCAGAGCACCUAAAGCUCUGCCACUCUCCCAGCCCUGUGAGGAGAUGCUACCCUGAUGGUCAGACGUUCUAUCUCCUUUUCCCAGAUGGAAGUGGUCAGGUUUACUACCCAUCAGGCAACAUAGCCAUCCUGAUUGCAUUCACUGAGGAAGCACAGUUCACCUACGUCAUCCUGGAGGACAAUGAACACCUAAGGGUUCAGGCAGCCUUCGGGAGCCGUGGCCACGGUGUCAGCUUCCACCCCAAUGGGCGCCCCUGGACCAUCCUGAGCCCUUGCACUGGGAUCUGCCUUGACCAAGCAGGGGAGAGGCAGAAGCGCUGGAACUGGCACGAUCUCAACCACCAUGUCCACAGCCCUCCAUUCCAGCCCAUCACCAUGAAACUGAACGGCCACCUCACCCUUAAAAUUGAGACUCAGGAUAAAAUUCACCUAUGGUUUGGGAGCCACAACAACUGCAUCCACUUUAAUAUCGGGGCCCGGCUCAAGCUGAAAGACCCAAAGAUGAGUCACCUAUUGAAAGGAUUAGAAGACAAGGAGGAGCUCUUCCUUCAAUCCAAAAAGACUCAGCUCAGGAGCCUGCUCUCCAACAUUAAGUCAGCUUUGCAAUAGUUUUGGCAAUCUCAGCCUUGGUGAUAUCACUCCUUGUGUUUCAUCAUCAUCUGUCUGCACGAAAGACUGAAAUGAAGGCAUCAAGAUGUGCAGCAGUUACUGUCAGCAUUUCAGACCAGCCCUUCCUUCACCAAGGUGAUAACAGCCAGUCACUUUGCAAUGACAAUAAAGCUCCUUUUCCAAGCUCACAAUGCCUAUCUUCCUGUACAUCCAGUCCUUGUAACACCAAGCCGAUCUCAUUUGAAAACCCUAUGAACAAUAAACAGGAAUAGUGAAACAAAAGGAAUAUUGGUUUUGUUUGGGAAAUACCCAAUGUGGUACAGGCACAAAAGAGUAAAUGCCUGGCCAGCUGUUCUGGCAUUCACUGCACUUCCCAGGAGACACAAUCCAAAGGGCCAAACCUCUUUAGGAGGCUCCAAGCAUUGAAAGGUCACGCAUCUGCCUGCACCAGUCAGACAGAAGAUGAAUUCUGCAAGUAAGCAGCAUUUUUCCUUAGAUGGGUUCAUUCAAAUGACACUGUCAAAAGCAGGGAGAUGAGGGAUGCUUCACACUGACAUUUCAGGGAACAAACCACGAGCCUCUGGAUGACGUGAUUCUGCAAUACCAAGGGCCAGAAAAACACCACGUGGUAGAUAAGUCAGUGAGCAACCAGGUAACAAGAACAGCUACCAAAUAAAGUAGUACUUGCGCUUCCUGCCACCACCUCCAAGUUUGCUCUUAGCACAGCCCAAUUGGUUAAAAUGUGUCCCUGUCGCAGCCGUGGCUCCUUCCCCCUAAUAAAACUGCAAACAAAGAGACCAUUCAGCCACACGAGAGCAUCUGUCAGGAAAGAAGAUACAAAUCUGUCAGUAAAGAAAAUACAAAUGUACUUUAUUAUAACCACAAUGAGAGAUUACUUCAAAGGUACGUUCAGCACUCAGGUCUACAUCUGUGCCAAAUGAAGUCAGUUCUCUUCCUGCUAAAAAGGAACAGCACUUCUCAGUAUGAUGCGUUCCCCACCUGUGAUUACGGGGUGUUUAUUGUCUCUGCGUCACAGCCUCGGGAUACAGAAUAAAGCUUUACUCUUUGACCAAAAUAGGAGGCAACAUUUUUUUAUUUAAAAAGAAUUAAAAACAGCAUGUUUCUAGUCAGAUAAUAUAAAGCAUCUUAAGUUAAUCUUUUGAAAGUAUUUACACUAUUUGUAAACGUAAAUAUCUGAAACUGUACAUGUUUAAACAAAUGUUCCUUUAGCAAACAGGCUGUAUAAACUGAUAGCUCUUCUAAUCUUCCAACCAGCUGUCCUUGAGCUGUCUGGGUAUUCCAAGAGAGAAAAGACCCCAAACACAAGAGUGACUACUGGCAAAGGUUUACCCUUCACAACAUCUCUGUACAACGUACGAAGUCAUCCAUGGCUUUGUACAGCGACCAUGCAAUCCUUCUGUAAAACUUGAUUAAAAAAAAAAAAA